CCUCUCUCCACCCCACUCUCCCAUGCUCUCUCCUUCCUUCUCCGUCUUCCUGUGCCCACAUUGCCGGAGUGAGUGGAUUAUUUUAUGCCAGUGAUCAGGUGCCUCCUGCUGUCCUCAGUUUAACGUCAUGUUUCGCAAAAAGAAAAAGAAACGACCCGAGAUCUCCGCUCCUCUGAACUUUCAGCAUCGCGUGCAUACCUCAUUUGAUGCCAAGGAAGGAAGAUUUAUUGGCCUCCCUCCACAAUGGCAAAAUGUCCUGGACACUUUGCGGCGUCCAAAACCUGUAGUGGACCCUUCCAGAAUUACUCCAAUGCAGCUGAAACCUAUGAAAACCGUUGUUCGUGGCAGCACCAUUGGAUUGGAAGGAUACAUCUCAGGGAUAUUGCUUGACAUUCAAAAACUGUCUGUAACCAGCUCUAACACACUGCGGGGAAGAAGCCCCCUGACACGAAGGAGAGCUCAGUCUUUGGGGGUGCUUGGAGAGGAGAGACCAAACAAUGGACAAUAUGUUGUACCAGAGCCAAAUGUACCAGACAAGUAUUCCAACUACAUCAACUGCAAUGGUAACUCUAAAGCCAACAGGAGGCAGACCAUGUGGCCGGACUACAAGGCUACAGACGACAGCCCAUCCAAACCCAACGGUUCUGUUUGUAAAGCAAAGUCCUUGGAUCCUGGAGACUUUCAGGAUACAGUGGAUCGUGUGAGUCAAUCCAAAUCUCCUGGUGGCCUACGCAAGAACAUUAAUGGAGGUUGCAGCUUUGACCAAGAUACACGUGCUACAAAAAGACAGCUUUCUCACGAGACUCUGCUAGAAGAGGGUCCUGUCUCGAAAUCUGCAGAGAGUCUUACAAAACAGGGACUUUUAAGGAGUGGUUUUCAGCCUUCGGGCAAAGAGAAAUGUUCAGAGCAGCCUGUCCCAGCACAGGAGAGAAAGACCGAGGAAUAUCAACGUCCUGCAUUAACUGCAAGAGGAGUUUUGACCAAAGCUGUUUCUCUUCCACCUGACCAUUUAUCUCCAGGUUUCACAAGGGUAGUUUCAGGAAUACCAUCAGAGCAAGUAUCUCCUCUCCGGCCAUGCAGACCUUCUCCUGCAGGUUCACCACGUAGCCGCCCCAUUCAAACCAGCUCCACCAACCUUCAUUUAUCUCAGGACUCAUUUAAUAAAAUUCCACUGAGUAAUCAGGACACGGCGGUGGUAACUCAUGAACAGUUCAAGACAGCACUUCGAAUGGUGGUAGAUAAGGGAGACCCACGUCUGCUUUUAGAGGAUUAUGUGAAGAUUGGGGAAGGAUCAACUGGAGUUGUUUGCAUUGCUCGAGAAAAGCAGAGUGGGCGCCAGGUGGCAGUAAAAAUGAUGGACCUAAGAAAGCAACAGAGGAGAGAACUUCUGUUCAAUGAGGUUGUUAUCAUGAGGGAUUAUCAGCAUGCAAACGUUGUGGAGAUGUACAAGAGCUAUCUGGUGGGAGAAGAACUGUGGGUUAUGAUGGAGUAUGUACAAGGAGGUGCCCUGACUGAUAUUGUAUCACAAACCAGACUGAAUGAGGAGCAAAUCGCUACCGUGUGCAAGUCUGUGCUGCAAGCUCUGGUGUACUUGCACUCGCAGGGCGUGAUCCACAGAGACAUCAAGAGCGACUCCAUCCUUCUCACUCUAGAUGGUCGGGUCAAGCUUUCAGACUUUGGGUUUUGUGCUCAAAUUAGCAAAGACGUUCCAAAGAGGAAAUCCUUAGUGGGUACUCCAUACUGGAUGGCACCAGAGGUCAUUAUGAGGUCGGCAUAUGGCACUGAGGUGGAUAUCUGGUCUUUGGGGAUCAUGGUGAUUGAAAUGGUGGAUGGUGAACCUCCUUACUUCAGUGACUCUCCUGUGCAGGCCAUGAAAAGGUUGCGAGACAGCCCUCCUCCAAAACUGAGGAACUCUCACAAAGCAUCUCCAAUUCUGCGAGAUUUCUUGGACCGAAUGUUGACACGGGAAGCGGCAGAGAGAACCACAGCCCAGGAGCUCCUGGACCACUUUUUCCUGCUCCAGGCUGGCCUUCCAGAAUGUUUGGUUCCGCUGAUCCAGCAAUAUCACAAGAGGAACUCUACCUGCUGAUCCUGGGAAAACAUAAGUACUAGAUGUAUGGGAUCUUGGAGACCUAAUCAUUUAUCUCGCCCAUCUUGCCUAUGGGCAAUGCAACAUAUAAAUCUGAC